GUGAAAAUUUGGUUUCAGAAUAAAAGAUCCAAGAUCAAGAAGAUCAUGAAGAACGGGGAGAUGCCUCCGGAGCACAGCCCCAGCUCCAGCGACCCCAUGGCCUGCAACUCUCCACAGUCGCCUGCGGUUUGGGAACCUCAGGGCUCGUCCCGCUCUCUCAGCCACCAUCCCCACGCACACGCUCACCCUCCAAACUCCAACCCGUCCCCUGCAUCCAGCUACCUGGAGAGCUCCACUUCCUGGUACCCCGCUGCCAGCUCCAUCAGCUCCCACCUCCAACCCCACGGCUCCCUACAGCACCCGUUAGCGCUGGCCUCUGGGACAAUUUAUUAGAGUCUGACCCUUUUUUUUGUUUGUUUGUUUGGGUUUUUUGUUCUUUUUUUGGUUGUUCCUUGGACUCCUGUGUUUUACUGUUAAGGAAUAAUAACGAAAGGAAUGCAUAUGGGGGAUUUUUAAAAGGGAAAGGAAACAAACAAAAAGAUUAAAAUGUGUAAAGCUUGUGCAUGUAACUUAUUGCAUUUCAAAGGAAACCCUUUUUUAUACAAUACGGACAUUUUUUGGCUCAGCUGUGGACACUAUCAAUGGUGCCUUGAAAACUAUGACCUCAACUUUUCCAGAGACUUUUUUUCAAUGUUAUUUUAACCCUGUAAAUAAUUGUAGAUAGAGGAAUUAAACUGUAUAUUCUGAAUAAAAUAAAAUUAUUUCGACCA